AUGCCUAAAUCAAAGCGUGAUAAGAAAGUGUCACUUACACAGACAAGGAAGAAGGGCCUGGAGAUGAAACAGAUUCUAAUAGAAAAGAUUAGAGAGACAGCUGACCAGUAUGCCAACAUCUUUACAUUCUCUGUUUACAACAUGAGAAAUGAUAAGUUGAAAGAGAUUCGUCAAGAGUGGAGUCACAGCAGGCUUUUUUUUGGCAAGAAUAAACUCUUGCAGAUUGCUCUCGGUAGCAUAGAGGAUGGGGAGUACAGAGAGAAUCUUUCCAAGCAGUUGCAAGGUCAAACUGGUCUUCUUUUUACGAAUAAAGGAGAAAGGGAAGUUUCACGAUACUUUGAAUCGCUGUACAAACCCAGCUGCACACGAUCAGUGGCAGCUCAGACAGUGGAGCUGAAGGAGGGUCCUCUACCAGAAUUCUCACAAUCCCCCGAGUCACAGUUGAGACAGUUAGGACUACCCGUACAGUUGAAGAGAG